GGGUCCUUUUGGAAAGAAUAGUUGCAAUGUUUAUAGGGUAGUUGUAGUAAGAACCUAGUUUAUUUUACAUUUGGCUAAUUGGUCUGUGCUGCAUGGUUAUAUAUUCUUGGAUUAUAGAUUAAAAGUCUCUGUAUUCAUUUCUGAAGAGCAAGCUAUCAUUAAACAUGCCUGUUUAUAAAAAAAUAAAAUAAAAGAGAUCUGAGCUGUUGGCAGAAGCAGCUGAGGCCAGGGGAGGAAACUCGGGAAGGAGAGACAUUUGCCAUGGCGGAACCCUUCAAACAAGUAAUUAGAGGUCCUGUCUGUCUAAAUGAUCUUGAAGAAUCUGUGCAACUGAAAUGUGGAUAUGCCUGCUGCCUCCAAUGCAUCAAUUCAUUGCAGAAGGAGCCCCAUGGGGAAGGUGUACUGUGCCCCUUAUGCACUGUGGUCUCUCAGAAGAAUGACAUCAAGCCCAGGUUCAAGCUGAGGGCACUGAUUUCCAUCCUCAAGGAACUAAAGCCCAAGCUGAAAUCUAUUCUAAUGAUGAACCCAAAGAUGAAGAAGUUUCAAGUGGAUAUGACCUUGGAUGUGGACACAGCCAGCAACUAUCUCAUCAAUUCUGAAGAUCAGAGGAGUGUCCAAUGUGGGGAUUUCAGACAGAACAGGAAAGAGCAGGCUGAAAGGUUCAGCUCUGCACUGUGCAUCCUGGGGACCUCUCGCUUCACUUCAGGAUGCCAUUACUGGGAGGUGGAUGUGGGCACCAGCAAAGGAUGGGAUGUGGGCAUUUGUGAGGAAUCUGUGAAUUAACAUGUGGACAUAGUACUUUCUUCAGAACUCGGCUUCUGGACUGUGGGUUCCAGAAAAGGAAAGAUCUUUGCCGCCAGCACUAUGCCUUCGACUUUUCUCUGGGUGAGUCCCCAGUUGCACAGAGUGGGGGUUUUCCUGGUUGUAGGUAUGAGGUUCAUUUCCUUUUCUAAUGUUAGUUAUGGGUGCCAUAUCUACACAUUCAACAAAAUUCCUGUUAUCGAGCCACUGCGCCCUUUUUUUUCUGAUAAACGUGAAACUCAAGAUGAUCAGAGCUUCCUGAGUAUCUGUCCUGUGAUCAAUCCAGACAAUGCCAGUCCCCCAGUUUAUUCUGGGGAAAAGAAAUAAUUUGAACAUAAUGAUCGAUAGCAAGUUUCUGUGUGCACGUAGCCAGAGCUAAGAACAUUUCUGCUAGAUACACAUAGGUGCAAAGCGAUAGAAGGGAAACAUCAGUCAUUUUGUAAACCAUGAACAGCAAGCAAUUAUAUUAAUUAGGGGAAAAUUACAUUUUACUUAUAAAGUUUGUCAUGCCUUCUUUUGGGUUUGUGUUUAUAUUUCCAUUCAAUAAAUAUUUUGAAACUUCAG